AUGCAACACCGGUCGGACGAACAGUUAUGGGAUAGUUCGCUUUUUCGUCGACUGGCGGGCGACAUUGGAUCCGCAGUAGCUUCUGCGACCUUAGUUGCACCAGCAGUGACGAUAAUAGACAGGGCCGUUGUUGAGAAAUCAUCUUUGAAUCAGUCCCUCUUCCAUGGGCUAAGGCGACAUUUGCUUCAAGCACUCAAAAGCCCCACGCGAUUCGUCUUCCAAGUACCAUUCGGCAUAAUCUGGUCCCUCUACGCAUCCACUUACAUCGUCGCGAAUGGCGCUGACACCAUUGGUACCAAGCUCAAAGCCUCUGGAACAGGGAUGAUCACAUUCGCAACAACAACUCUAGUGAACGUGCCAAUGGGCGUGUGGAAGGACAUCCGCUUCGCAAAAAUAUUCGGCACACAGACUUACGCACAUAAUGUUGAAAAGGUGCGACCGGCACUGGUACAGAAUCGUGGCGUUGCGAGAGCAGCCACAGCCAUUUUUCUCCUGCGUGACGGGGUCACCAUUUUCGGGUCUUUCACUCUUGCGCCGAAAUUGUCAGCUGCGAUUCCUGAUAGUAUCACUUCGCACCCGCAGGCAAAACCGAUUAUCUCGCAGUUGACGGUUCCGGUUUUGACUCAGUUUGUAGCUACGCCGUUGCAUUUGUUGGGGUUGAACCUUUAUAUGCAGCAGCAUGCUGUGCCGUUAGUUGAUCGAGUUGUGCAGUCGCAGAAAUAUCUGGCUUCUACGACUGUUGUGCGGUGUAUUCGGAUCCUACCAGCCUUUGGAUUUGGAUGUUUGGCGAAUUUGGAAUUGCGCUCAUUCUUGCAUAGCAAAUUGGAUGGAUGA